CAAUGAGAUCCGCUCCAUCGAGCUCGGGACCUUCGCCAUCCUCGUGCAGCUGAAAAACCUCGACAUCAGCCACAACCAGAUUGUGGAUUUCCCCUGGCAGGACCUCUACAACCUCAGUGCUCUCCAGCUGCUCAAGAUGAACAAUAACCACAUGGCUCUGGUGCCUCAGGGAGCUUUCCACACCCUGAAGGAUCUCCGGUCCCUGCGCAUCAACAACAACAAGUUCACCACCCUUGCAGAGGGUAUCUUCGACUCGCUUAGCUCCCUCUCCCACCUGCAGAUCUACAACAACCCUUUCGAGUGCUCCUGCAAGCUCCAGUGGUUGAAGAAGUGGAUGGACAGCACUCUCAUCUCCAUCCCCGAGAAAGACUCCAUCACCUGUGCCCUCCCGGACCAGCUCCGAGGAGUGCCAGUGGGGAAGACUCCGGAUGUGCAGUGCACCUCACCUACCGUGCAGCUCACCUAUUACCCAAACCUGGACACCACAGAGCUCUUUGAUGGCUUCACUCUGACGCUGCACUGUGCUGUGACAGGUACCCCACCACCUGAAGUGAGCUGGAAGAUCCGCACCUCCAGCCAAACCGUAGAACUCAAUGGGAACCCGAAGGAGAGCACUGGGAAGGACCUCCCAAAACAGGACCCUGAGCGCUUCUUGGUCUUCAAGAAUGGCACGUUGGUGAUUCCCCACCUGAGCAAGCGGGAAGAAGGCACCUACACCUGCCUGGCCACCAACGAAAUGGGGAGCAACCAGACCUCGGUCAACGUGGCUGUGGCGGGCACCCAGAAAUCCCCACUGCAGCCUGGGAGGGACCCGCUGGGAGGCAAAGCACAGGCAGGUGACAAGAAGCCUGGGGCCAAGGGAGCGAAGAACAGUGUGCUCAUGCCAGAUGAGAGAAGCAAACCACUCGGUCCCACCCGGCAGAGCCAACCAUCCAUGGCAGCUGAGGUGGAGUCCACAGGAGAUGGGCAAGUCCCUUUCCAGCUUCCACCCUUUGAGAAGAAGUGUGGCUCGAUACAAACCAGCAAGUACAUUUCCAACCACGCCUUCAACGAGAGUGGCGACUUCAAGCAGCACACGUUCGACCUGGGGGUGAUUGCUUUAGACGUGUCAGAGCGUGAUGCCCGGGUGCAGCUCACACCCACCUACAUGCAGCCCGAGAAGGUCCACCUCAGGAUGCUCUACCUGUGCCAAGAGAGCAGGCAGGGCCAUGCCUUGGUCCAGUGGUCCAAGAUCGAGGAAGGGGUGAACUCGUACUGGUUCCAGGGCUUGAACCCUGGCACCAACUACUCCGUGUGUCUCACCUACCUGGGGGAGGACUGCCAGGUCCAAGUGGUCUUCACUACCAAAAAAGAGAUCCCCUCCCUCAUCAUCAUUGUGGUUGUGAGCAUCUUCUUGCUGGUGCUGGCCACCUUACCCCUGAUGGGGGCCACGUGGUGCCACCUCCUCUCCAAGUACCAGGGGAAGACCUACAAGCUCAUCAUGAAGGCCCAGAACCCGGACCAGAUGGAGAAGCACAUGGCCGCUGAUUUCGAUCCCCGUGCCUCCUACCUGGAGUCCGAGAAGAACUUCAAUCCCAGCGAAGUGGGUGAAGCAGAGGUGGAGGAAGAAGAUGAGGAGGAGGAUGACGAAGGAGGCAGAUGGAGGGGGAGGAGAGAAGCCGAAGGGGCUCCG